AAUAUGGAGAAAGUGUCCCUGUGACGUGUCACCCUGCCACCGCCCAGGCCCAGGACGUCACCUCAGGCUCCUCCCAGGGACACUCGCGGGUGGCCUGGCUCCAGACAGCUCUGGAGGGCAUGGUGUUGCCGCCCUGUCCCCAAGGUGCCCAAGGUCCCCAAGGUGCCCAAGGUCCUCAAGGUCCCCAAGGUCCUCAAGGUGCCCAGGGUCCCCAAGGUCCCCAGGGUCCCCAAGGUGCCCAAGGUCCUCAAGGUGCCCAAGGUCCCCAAGGUGUCCAAGGUCCCCAAGGUCCCCAAGGUCCUCAAGGUGCCCAGGGUCCCCAAGGUGCCCAAGGUCCCCAAGGUCCUCAAGGUCCCCAAGGUCCUCAAGGUCCCCAAGGUCCCCAGGGUCUCCAAGGUCCUCAAGGUCCCCAAGGUGUCCAAGGUCCUAAGGGUAUCCAAGGUCCUCAAGGUCCUCAAGGUCCCCAAGGUCCCCAAGGUCCCCAAGGUCCUCAAGGUGCCCAGGGUCCCCAAGGUGCCCAAGGUCCUCAAGGUGUCCAAGGUCCUCAAGGUCCCCAAGGUCCCCAGGGUCCCCAAGGUGCCCAAGGUCCCCAAGGUCCUCAAGGUCCCCAAGGUCCUCAAGGUCCCCAAGGUCCCCAGGGUCUCCAAGGUCCUCAAGGUCCCCAAGGUGCCCAAGGUCCUCAGGGUCUCCAAGGUCCUCAAGGUCCCCAAGGUCCCCAAGGUGCCCAAGGUCCUCAGGGUAUCUAAGGUCCUCAAGGUCCUCAAGGUCCCCAAGGUGUCCAAGGUCCUCAGGGUAUCCAAGGUCCUCAAGGUCCUCAAGGUCCCCAAGGUCCCCAAGGUGCCCAAGGUCCUCAAGGUCCCCAAGGCCCCCAAGGUGCCCAAGGUCCUCAGAGUCUCCAAGGUCCUCAAGGUCCCCAAGGUCCCCCAGGUGCCCAAGGUCCUCAGGGUCUCCAAGGUCCUCAAGGUCCCCAAGGUCCCCCAGGUGUCCAAGGUCCUCAGGGUAUCCAAGGUCCUCAAGGUCCUCAAGGUCCCCAAGGUCCCCAAGGUGCCCAAGGUCCUCAAGGUUCUCAAGGUGCCCAAGGUCCCCAAGGUCCCCAAGGUGCCCAAGGUCCUCAAGGUCCCCAAGGUGCCCAAGGUCCUCAAGGUGCCCAAGGUCCCCAAGGUGCCCAAGGUCCUCAAGGUGCCCAAGGUCCCCAAGGUGCCCAAGGUCCUCAAGGUGCCCAAGGUCCCCAAGGUGCCCAAGGUCCUCAAGGUGCCCAAGGUCCCCAAGGUGCCCAAGGUCCUCAAGGUGCCCAAGGUCCCCAAGGUGUCCAAGGCCCUCAAGGUUCCCAAGGUCCCCAAGGUGCCCAAGGUCCCCAAGGUCCUCAAGGUGCCUAAAGUCCCCAAGGUCCCCAGGGUCCCCAAGGUGCCCAAGGUCCCCAAGGUCCCCAAGGUGCCCAAGGUCCCCAAGGUCCCCAAGGUCCUCAAGGUGCCUAAGGUCCCCAAGGUGCCCAAGGUGCCCAAGGUCCCCAAGGUCCCCAAGGUGCCCAAGGUCCCCAAGGUGCCCAAGGUCCCCAAGGUGCCCAAGGUCCUCAAGGUGCCCAAGGUCCUCAAGGUGGCCAAGUGCCUCUCACACUCUUUGGGAUUAUUCAAUUAUUCGGAGAGCCUUUCCCUGGGGCCCCGUGGCUCCUGAUGGGACAUCGGCCAGGUCCUGAGGCUGUGGACCCUCCAGAAGCUAGCUCUCGAGGAGGACAGUCAUGCCGGCUGGGGCUCCACCAGGAGCGGACGGACGGCUGA